CCUGAAGGUUACAGGUCUAGACUGAUGUUUGAAACCCCCAGUACCAACAGAUUGAUGUUAAUUCAAAUGUACUCAGGCACCAGUAGAGGGGUCCAGGGGCGUCCUCCAUUUCACCAUUUCAGUAUGUUGUUUCAGAAGCUGGAUUCAGACUGUUUUGUGUGUGUGAAAAGCAUUUCAUUUCUGCCUACCAAAGAGAGUCCCUGUACAUGAUUUGAACACUACACCACUUCAAUCAAUAGUGAUUGCUCUAACCAACUCACCUUGGGUCCGCCUGUCAGGAUUGUCCUCAUCUAUUUCAGUUUGACUUUCACCUGGCAAUAGUGAUAGAGGGUAAAGUAGGUUUGGGUGGAUUUGAUAGUUGCAUGUAGGUGAAUAAGGUCAGUAAGAGUGGUCCUGGAAUUUGCAUGCUAUCUUUAUUUAGAGCAGUGGUUAUGAAUAACUAUCACAAAGUAGUGAUUUUCAAGGGAAUUCAUAUGGUGAUGAGAAAUAUUUUAGUCAUUUUUGGUCAUUUUUACUCACUCAAAAUCUGCCAUAUUUUGUUUCUCUCUCCUGCAGCUGUUAUUGUGCCAAAGACCCUGAGUCUUCACCAGGGAGGACUCACAUGCUCAAGGAAUAGGUGGAAAAGAAACUAAGUUUACAGCACAGAGGCACUAAUCAUGGUGGCACAAGAACAGGCCUUGAGCGCCAGAGCAAUAGAAGCCCAGAUCUACCAUACUAGGCAAUAUCCUAGGUUCAGGCUGUGCAAAGAGGGCCCUGAAACAGUCCAACACCUAACAGCAGGAUGUAAGAUGCUGGCAGGAAAAGUAUACAUAGAGCGCCAUAACCAAGUAGCCGGUAUAGUGUACAGGAACAUCUGUGCAGAAUAUGGACUGGAAACCCUGAGGUCAAAAUGGGAAGCACCUUCCAAGGUGAUGGAGAAUGACCGAGCUAAGAUCCUGUGGGACUUCCAGAUACAGGCCGACAAAAUGGUAAUGGCCAACCAACCAACCAACCGGACAUUGUAAUCGUAGACAAACAGCAGAGAAAACCCGUUGUGGUAGAUCUUGCCAUCCCAAGCGAUACCAACAUCAGAAAGAAGGAACACAAGAAAAUAGAGAAGUACCAAGGGCUCAGAGUGGAGCUAGAGAAAGCCUGGAAGGUGAAGGCAACAGUGGUGCCUGUGGUCAUUGGGGCACUUGGGGCAGUAACCCCCAUUUAAAACACAUUUAAAACACUGCCAUACAUCAUAAAAAGAAAGUAAAUAAAAUAAAAUACAUCUACAUAAAAAACAGUUCAUGAGGUAAAAAGCAUUAAAGACGAUUUAGAAGGUAAAAAGAAAAACAUAUGUCAGGCAUACCAGUAUUUUUUGCAUGAACAGAGUAAGAUAAAAGAUAAAAUGCAGAAAAAAAGGCAAUUUCCCCCCCUCCAUUUGGACAUUGCACAGUUAAAAAUAAAACUACUUUAGUUUGUCAUGUAUUGUCCUUUUUUGAUAUAUUUUGAUGACAAGUACUUUUUCUUGGGUAUAUUAUUUUGGGUAAAAAAUCACCUAGCGAUAUUUUAGCGAUAGUGUUUUAGGGUUAAAAGCUACCGUAAAAAUGGCGUUUGUGAAGUUUUACCAAUUUGAGAGUCCGUUAUGAAAAAUAACCAGAAACAAACCCCCCCCAAAAAAGUAAUGAAACAACUUCCCUGACUUGGUCGGCAGGUGACGUUGUAGUUCCAUGAAAGUUAGCGCGGUGCUGCACGUUGUCGAAGCCGCCUGUUGGUGCUGUUGUGGGGCAUGAGGCUCAGAGAGAGGGGCCGUCCUCCUUUCUGACCCUGGGCCAUCCAUGAAAAAAACCGACCGAGCGGUAAAGGGGCUGGGAUGCACAACAGGACCGAGGAUACACGGCUUCACAGGCGACAAACCAGGAGUGCUGGUGCUGCUAAACAUGGAGCCUCGCCUCCAAAGUGAAACAAAUCGAGUUUGCACUAUUGUGGGCAGUCUGUGAGUUCAAUAAAGCAAAGUAUUUUUUGCUUUGUUGCGUUUUUCUUACCCUUUUUUUGACCGCUGGUACAAACAUCUGCAAUGAUGCGGGCUGUGGACUGGAGAGGAAUCUCUGCGAUUGUACUCUGUCUUGUUGGAUAUCUUUUCUCUAAAGCGGACGCUAAAACACUCCCGGAGGACACGGCAACGCAAGGUAAAAAGUGUUUCCUCCACUUUUAUUCGGUCAUUUGGUGCAGAAUAAAGGAGGCCAGUCAGCUGCUAUCCUGGUGGCUAAUGUUGCCGUUAGCCCAGUAGGAUGCUGAUGUGACCCAAAGUUAGCUAGCGUUAGCAAGUUAGCCCCCGCGGCAGAAACAGAACAUAAAAACUUGAUCAAUUUGUUUGAUUUCUUGAUUGGUUUGACAUUUUUAAACUAAAAUCGAUAAUAUUCAAUUCAAUCCAUCUUCAAACCAGCCGCAGUUUAACCUCUUUGUUGUACUUUUAUUGUCUUAGUGUCUUAAAUACUGUUCUCAUGCUGGUCAGGAUAGUCCAACUGCUGUGAUUUUGCCUUUUUUUAAACAUAUCAACAAAAUAAAACCUGUUUUUUUUCCUCUAUAAAGGGGAAAGGAGCAUCUUUUUAGGCACCCCCCUCAAAGAAUACAAAAACACAUGAGCUCAAUUAACUCCAGGGUUGAGCUUUGUAUUGAUCAUUUUUACCGUAACAUGCAGGCUCAACUAAUUAAGUCAAUUACGGUAAUUAAAACUUUUUUUAAUUAUUAUUUUUAAAAGCUUUGUAAUUGCUUUACAGUCACAUACAACUUUCACUGAGGGUUUUUGAGUUGUUAAAAAAAUAAAAUAAAAUAAGUUAUUUAAUAGUCCAUUAGCAGGGAAUUCAAGUACUUAGUAAAAGUUAAAAAGUGCACAUUCAGUGUAUUUACUGCUGUGUAUCUUGAACAGAAGGAAGUACUGGAUAAACAAAAUGUGCACAAGCAAAUUCAGCACCACUUAGAGUGAAUUAACUGUUAGAGUAAAUGUUAAGAAAAAAUUCCCAAACUUUUAAUGUUCAAAGCGUCUUAAUUUGCCAUUGAAGCUUUUGUGAUAUGGUGAUUUUGACUCUUCUUUCCUUUUGUUUUGCUCUGUUAUAUUUUAGGAUCUCAUUCAGUCACCCAUUUAAAAGCUUUGACGCACAGCAACAUUUGUUUAAUUCAUCACUUUUCAUCUCAUGCAUCCCUACACUUGCACACUCAGAUCACAGUCAUGCGUUCGCUUUGGUCUUUUCUGUUCUUUUUAAAGAACAUAUUCAGCAUGUUGUUUGAAAGCUGAAAGUUUUACGAGGCUUUUACUAUAAAAAACAAGUCCUGUUUCUCUUUUAAUGUUAAAAAGAAACUUGUGGAGUCUACAUUCUUACCUCUUCUUGAUUAUGGUGAUGUGCUAUACAUGAAUGCCUCUGCCCAGAAUCUGCAAAUGUUGGACAGUGUUUACCAUGGAGCUCUGAGAUUUCCUCACAUUUUUAUUCUGUAUUGAGUCUGUGUGACUUUUUGUUCUAACUAUGUAUUGCUGCCAUUCUUGGUCAGGUCUCCCUUGCAAAUGAGCUCCUCAGAUAUCAAUGGGACAAACCUGGGUAAAUAAAGGUUAAAAAAAAUCCUCUCACUACCACUAUUUACAGCAGGAUUGUAGACAUAAAGGUACUACUAAUGUUGCUGUCAAUACAACAUGAUUAAAAGGGAGUAAUAUCAGCUUUCAUAAUCAUCAUCAUCAUCUUUGUGAUCAGGCUAAAUUGAUAACAACAAGGUGUGAUUGCAGAACUCUGAAGUAAACAUGAGUACUCUCUUUUAUCCUUUUUGCAGUCUCGGUAUCCACUUAGCUUUCUGUUGACCUUCACUGGUUUCAGACAGAGGGCAGGAAGAGUGUGUGUUUUUGUGCGUGUGUUUCCAGGUCGAUACUGAGGACUUUUCCUGGUCUGUCCAACAGACAACAGAGAUGAGUGGAGCCAGACAGACAAUCUCCCUGCAGAUAUAGAUCUCACUCACAUUACUGCUGCCCAUAAUAGGCAUUGCCUUGCAUUUUCAGCAGGCAAACAUUUGCUGAAGCUGUACAGGGACUGCCAGGAAGAAGACAGCCAGUCAAGUCAUGUUGUCACCAGCUAGCAAAAGUUGAUUUUUUAUCAUGAGUACCUGCUGCCAGUGUUUAAAGUAGCCGGCAUUGGAGCUGGUACAUGUUAUAGUACACCUGUCCAGGAACAGACUGAUUAAUCAGUGAGUCAAUAAAUCAGGCUCAAUAUUGGCAUUUUGCAAUAAUGAGCAUCACACUGCCAUUGGUGCUCACAAGAGCCAUGUCACCAACACCAUCAUCUUAAUGAUAAAAUGUUUUUUCACUUCCUAAAUAAUAGUGCAUUUUUUAUGUACAUGAGAUUUAUGACCUUCUUCUUGUUUUAUGAAUUUAUUUUUAAACCAAAUAAGUUGGUGACCAAGUAUUUUUUCUCAAUCAUUUUUGAAAAAUAUAUUCAUUCCAGUUCAGCAAUUUGUCACAUUUGUUACUAUUAUUGAAUAGUUGUAAUAUUAAACAACAAUGAAGUAACAUUGGCUAUUGUGUCUGCCAUUACUUCACCUGUUCUUUUAUAAUGAGCACUGGCAAAAAUCGACAACUGUUGAUAUUAAAUCAUAGGCUGCUGUGUAUACUACAUAUGUGUAUAGAUACAUUUUAGGAAGGUAGAUUUGAGUUUUAAAAAGUAAAUGUAAUGAGCUUUUUCUAAUUUCAGUUUUUACUUUAGGUGCAGUAAUAGGCAACAUUUUCAUGAUUUACUUCAUGUCAAACAACAGCAUGAAAAAAAACAGAUGUCUGAAAAGUCAAACCAAGACUAAAAAAAUUGGCGAAAGCUCUUUUUGAAUAACACAAUUUUAAUCCAUACUGGGUUUAUCAAGAGAUCAUUUUGUAUCAAGAGCAGAAUAAACAUCUAUUCUAGCCACAAAGGAUAACCAAGACUACAGAAAGUUUGACCGGGUUUCAAUCAAAGCAGUUCGUUUGCUCUCCUGCUUAAGUGUGGAGACCUAAAGAUACAGUCUAAUUACUGAGGCCCCCGUUGAGUUAAUGGGAUUGAUUGAUAAUAACAAAGCUAGUUUAACAGCUAGGAGUCUAAGUGUGUUUUUCUGCUUUGUUGUUUGAUCUGGUUUGCUUCGACUUUGGUGUUUCUUCAUGUUGCGACAUGCUUUCUUUUUGUGAAUCAUACUUAACCCCUCUGUCUCCACAAUAAGAUCCUUGUUACAUGACCAUCACACUCAGAAUCAGAUGUUGGUUAUUUAACCAAACAGCAAACAAAUAGUUUCAGUCGAAGUCAGUUUCAGUUGAGUUUUCUUUUGCUGCAGUUCAUUUAGUUUCAGCCGUUAGAAUGUUGUUGUUGUUGUUGUGGUGUUGAUGUGUGUUGUCUUAGACUUGUUUCCCUCGCUGCCUUGUUUUCUUUGUGGUGUGUGUACCAGUCGACUGUAAACAUAACUGAAACAGCUAUCUGGUUUUCACCUUCUCUGCGCUCUGUGACAGAAGCCCUCAUGCUCCCGUCACAUGAUUUCUGACUCCUUGUACUCAUGUGCUCGUGCUUCAGAUGGUGGAAAGAAUUGUGAUGCUCCCAUUCGCUGUGACCACCAACUGUUUUGUAAACAAACCAACUCCAUAUUAUUGAAUUAUCAAGUCACUCUAUUUUUAGAAGUUACUGAAACUUAUCGGUCAGUUUAUGCUUGACUUAAAGGAACUCAAUGUGAAUAAACUUUGAGUUCCUUUCUGUCAUUUUUAAAAGAGAGGCUGCUAAAUAUGCUGGCUCUGUAGACCCUACCUGUUUUGAACUGUUAUAGACUAAAAGACACACAUGCUCAAUAAUUAAAUGACUGGUAGAAUACUCAGUCAUGAAAAGGACUUAUUACCAAAUGGAUUGUUAAUUGCCUUACCUACCCUACACAGAUGGGGAAGCCUGACUUCUGUCUGACCUCUGAAGGUCAUCUGAUCAUGCAUUCAGUCUCUGGUUGGUUGACUGAUGUAAUAAAGUUGGCAACCUUCCAGUGGUGUAAUCAGUUAACAUAAAUAUCACAUCAUAUUACUUAGGGGUGUCCUGUUACGAUAUUGAUAUCGGAUAUCGGUCUGAUACAAGCAAAAAUUUGAAUAUCGGAUUAUAUCAGCAUGCAUCUCCAACAUUAGCAUUCCGAUACAAGCAGUCCAUUCCAGACUUGGCUCCAGCACCUCUAUCCAGCAUGUAGAGCCCAAGUGAUCAUAACAACAGUGUGUACUAAUAUACUGACAAAGUAGCAAGGAGUAAAGAUGAUGUUAGCCUUGUGGCAGUGUUUUUCAUAAAUGUCUGAAAAAGACAUUGCAGCCGAGUGCAAAGCUUGUCAUGCACAAGUUUGUAUUGUUACCGGCCAAUAAUAUCGUUAUCGGCCGAUAUUGAAGGCUACAAUAUCAAUAUCAUAUUGGAGGUAAAAAAGUUGUAUCGGGACACCCCUAUGAUCACUCGAAUUAAUGCAAUGAACAUCAUAGGUUAACCUUUUUUGGGGGGGAUUAGAUGCAGAUAGUCUCUGAAAAAACAACAAUCUUCUUUGUGGGAUAGAAAGACCCCGUAAAUUAAAAAGAAUUCAAAUAAAUUCAAGGAUGUUUAGUUGUUCAGUGUAACAGUGUUUUGGACUACUUUUGUACCACAGGGAAGAAAUGAACAAAACUCCUUCAGUUACUUCAUCAGGGCCAGACUAAUCAAACAUUUCUCAAUCAGAUAACUGACAGCUAUCUUUUGACUGAUCAGAAAAAUUAUUUUGUGUGAAAAUGAUAGAGAAUAAAAAGCCACUCGCACUGGUGAGGGCGGAGUAAGCACUGCUGUAACUUUUCCACUGAAAUUUGCUUGUAAACUUACAGACUCUCCCCUCUGCCUCCUGUGCAGUAAGCAUCUGUUUCCUCCUCAUCUGUCUGGAAGAACACCAACUCCCCCACCACCACCACCACCACCACUACCCCCCCUCACACACACCCAUCGAGGGCCAAUCAUACCAGGCAUUUUCAGUUUAUUACACCACACUUUUAUGGAGCAGAAAUGCUUUACCUCCCCGUGACUUCUGAUUAAGACUUUUCGUAAGACCUCGCUCACUCUGAGUGAAAACAUGCUCACAGAUUUUUCAGUCCUCUCUUCUCAUGUCUACCUCUUUCUGUGCCAGCAUAACCAACCACCAACCACCCCGCUGGGAUAAUUGGUCUGAGAUCACAGCGAUGGUGAGGCAGAACUCUUUUUGAUGCCUCUAUCCUCCAUAUGGUACUCAACAAUUAAAACACAACAACUACAAGAGUUUCUGCGGAGUACUGGUUGAGCUUUAGUCCAGGUUUUCCAUCGUUCUCCAGGACUAGCAUUGUCUUUUUCUGUUGUGCGUGGAAGCAGAGAGGAGACUCCCAGCUUGUUUAACAAUGAUGUCACUACAGAGCUGAUUUAUUGGAUGAGGAGUGGGAGGGGACUGCAGCAUUUGUCAGUCAGGGGUCUCCCAGGGGACGUCUUUUUAAAGUGAGCACAGCUGGUACCCCUAACAGCAUAUCAGUGGGAGUGGGAUGGGAAGUGAGGUCAGCAUAGACACACACAAACACACACCAAAUCUUAAUUCGAUGGGGAGUUUCUGUCAAGGGGAAAUCCAGCCAUCUUUUUGUUUUUUUUGCUCCUCUGCUGUGCAAAUGUAAUAACAAGGAGGAAUGAAGUGAAGGGUCAGGAAGCAGCCACAGAGCAGAUCUUCACACCCGACCUCUCUGGGUAAUGAUGUGUUUGCUUUGAGAGUGACAUGUUAGUCUGCCAAACUUCUCCACACACACAAAAACACCACUUAACUUCCAGCCUUGCAGAGGUAUCAUUUGAUGCAGUGCUGUUUUCUGUCUUUCUUUUUCUAAGGUGGGUCUGCACUCAGGCUGAACUCACUCUAGCAGAUUGUCCUGUUGGUGCGGUUCCUCACCAAGCACAGGGUCCUUCAGCGAGAGAGCGAGGAGGGGGGGUUGUCUAGCCAGGAGUAUGAAUGUAUGUGUUAGCUUGUGAGUGUCACGGAGGGUUGGGUUACAAGAAAGAGUUACGACAAAAUUUAGUUGCAUGAAAUUUGGUGGAGGCGGGCAGGUCAAGGUCCAGGGACAAAGUACCUCAGCCGUAAUUGAAGGUCACCGCGGGUCAGUGAACAGCCGAUGAUCAAACAUUGACAGGGUUGUGUGCCAAGACGGAGGGAGAGUUUGGGUUUGUGUGGAUGUGAAAUUAUAGUGUUUUUGUACCGAGUUUGUUUCUUAUCAUACCUUUGGGAUAUAAAGCUGAAAUUGACUUUUUGUUUGUUUUUCUGGUUUGUGGUGUUAUGAAAUGAAACCUUUCCACAAAGAAGUCAACAGACGUGUGCACACUUUGUUUGGCAGUGUGGGAGAGUAGUCAGGGUACUUUUGACCAAGUGCAGUUUCAGUUUCUACCCAACUACAUUUCAGAAGCAAAUCUUGACAUUACAUUUCUUUGAUGUAUUUAUUUAUAUAUGUUUUUUAAAAGCUUAGUUUGGGGUGGUGUCUUUUUUAAACAGGACAUCUCCAAAGAGACAGACAAUGUUUGGCCGAUGACAUGGAAAGAUGUCUGACAUGCUGUGAAGAGUUAUCGUGGGCCAGUCACUGCCCUCAGGACUUCAGUCUAGACCAGAGGAGGUUACAUCGCUUUAAUACAUCCUUACAUCUCACCAUGACGCUCCUUCAUGACUCCUUAUGGUGUAUUUCCUGUAUUUUCCCUCAGUGAGUUCAUCAGUCAAUCAGAUAUUGUGAUCAGUUAUUGCAGUGCUGCUGUAUUGUGAUAUUCUUCAUAGACUGAGAGUGAUGUUUUCCAUCAGGAUUCUCUCCCCUAUAGGCUUUUGUUUGUGAGGUUGACCCCUCAGCUUAAUCAGCCCUUCACCAGAAUAUUAAUCUGACAUCUGCAGUUACUGUUUGAUGUUUCAGAUAAAUAUUAUGACAGAUGUUAUGUAGUGACUAUGCUAACCUAAAUUUUAGUCGCUGUCUGGGUGCGGGAGUGAGGUGUUUUUAAGUGCUUCUAGUACAAUCCAAGGUUGUUGUUGAGUUAUAUUUUGCCAUUAAUUGAUUUAAUGAAAAACAAACAAAAAAACAAACAAAAAAGACAGAUAUGUUCAACUUACGACAAUGGUGAUGUUCGUGAUGAGGGUGAGACUGAGAGUGGUGUCGGUGAUUAGCGGUAAAAACCGUGUGCUCUUCCCAUUCUCCAGAUCACUGCUUCACCUGUGUCCCUUUGUAGCAUUUACCUGCCCAUUCACCUGAAGUGCUCCUUGUGGUGAUUGCAUGAGUAACAAAAUUGUGUGAAUAACCGGCUGAAAUUCCACCACAUUUUUUAAAGUUUAAAAGUGAAGUCGAAAAAUGUAUGAAAAAUUCAUCUUUUGAUUUUUAUAGCCUAUAUGGAUUAUUUAUUUAUUUAUUUCCCCAUGGUAGAAACUUCUCCUCCUUCAUUCAGCCAACAGUUCAAUACUCAAACAUAAACAGCUGAAUCUGUGUGUUUGUUUUUUCACAUCUUCGCUGUGAGUCCUUUAAUAUCAACACUCAGUGUGUACAUGUCUUUUUUUCCUCCACUCCUGUAGAGAAGGUGUUUAUACACAUGCUUGUUUUUCUUCUAUGGUCCAAGGCUUCUUUGAGAGUGGGAAAUGGUCCAUUGUUUAGAGAGGAAGUGCAGCUGGAAAAAGUCCAGGAAGCGGUCAGACAGCUGUCUCUUUGUGAUUGGCUGUGAUGCAGAAAUCUUUCUGUGUGGAUUGGUGGCAAUGGGUCUGGCAUCCAAACAAGACCUGGUUAAAUACUUGACUGUAUUUCACGAGGGUUUAAUUAUAACACCGGCGCGUUUUCUGCCUCAGUAUCACUCUUUGUUUUGGUCAAGGUUGCUGCCGUCUCUUCGCAGAGAGCGUAAUUUACACCAGCUCAGAAAACACUCUCGCUUGUUCACAGAGGUGACUCUGAAGGUCCACCUGAGUGAUGCCAGCACCCACCAGCCCCUGGGAGGAGCCAGCAUACAGCUAUUCGCCAACCACACUCCUGUAACCACAGAAACCUCAUCAGCUGAUGGCAACACCUACCUGCGCUUCCCCUAUCGCCUUGGGACACCAUUGGUCGUCACUGCAACCAAACAGGGAUAUGUGCCAAACUCUGUACCCUGGAGUCCCUCGAGACUACCUGGUAGGUGUGUGAGAGAGAAUGAGGGGGGUAUUUUAGGAUAUAAUGAGAAAGUUGCAUUUAGACUUUGCUGCCAGUUUAAUGUAAAUGUUAUUGUCCAACAAAAUGUGUGUGAGUGUAAGAGAGUGUGCCAGGUGUAUGAGCUAAUGAGUGGAGUGCUCCAUUACUAAUUUAUUACAAUAGAUGCCAAAACCCAGCGAGGGGGCAGCUUAAGCUUUCCUUUCACUAACACACACACACUAAAUACCCCCCAGGAGGCUGCUGUACAGUGUGUGCAUGUGUGUCCGUGUCUGUCUGUGUCUGUGUGGACUGUGGGGUGGGGUGGUUAUUAUGAGCCAACGGAACGGCAGCCAAUUGGAUUAUCACGCUUACCAGCUCUGAACAAUAGAGUAGUGAAAAGAAGGAAGGAAGAGGAAAGGAGUGCAGUUUGCUGGGUCAGACUUGUGUCAUGCUGAGCAGACGAGAUGAAAGCAGGACAAUUAAAAAUGUAUAAAGAUGGUUUUAUGACUUGUUAUGUUUUAGUGGUGGGCAGCAAAGUGGGCAGGUAGAUUGCAGUCGCCUCUCAUCUGGUUGCGCAUUUGUUUUUAUGAGUUAAUGUUUUGUUCACUCGUCUAUGUGGUCUGUUUUGGUUGCAGUUUUUUCCUCCAUCAGCCUGGACCUGCUGCCCGAGAGAGCUGCGACUCUUACGGUGUAUGAAGACGUGGUGGAGAUAGUUUCAGGCUUACAAGGUAACAACAGUGUGUGCACAGAUCAUUUAUUGUCUAAGUAGCUCUAAACACAGCUCAUAGAGUGCUGGAGGGAUUAUGGAGCUCAAGUCAGCAUGGCCAAAAGCCAAAUGGAUUUUCCCCCUGGCUACUGGAUUUCCAGAUUACAGCAAAGUUUCUGAUGCUUUUAAGUUUUGUUUACUGAGAGGGUCAUGAAUAAAAAAGUGGCACCUCUGUGAUUUAAAGAGUAAAACACAUCAGCUAUUAUUAAAAACUUAAUCCUGUAAAAGGAUGUAAACCCAAUACACCACUAAAGGGUGAGCGUCACAUUUAAUGUCCCCAAAAGCUAUUCUUGUCAUUUUGAACAUUUUGAUCCUCUUGCAUGUCACUCCCCGCUUUCUUUGUUUACUGCUUCAUCCGCUGUCUUGUCCUCUCAAAAAAAAAAAGGAAAAAUCUGCCAAAAUAAAAGAAAAAAAACUUUCAAAACAAGCACAUCCACAAGUUCACAGGCUCUAGAUAAAGUACUAAUAACAACAAAGUAUAUUAUUUACUUUUAUUUGUGCCCGUUUUUUUUUUAUAAUCAGAUUUUAUUUUACUUUCAGAAUUUACAUACAAUCAUACAUCAUUUUAAUUCAAAUAAGGUAGAAAAUGACAAGAAAAAGAUAAAACGUGAGGGAAAAAGAAAGAAAACAAAACAAAAAGAAGGGUAAAUAAAGAAACACCCCAACAACACAACAAUGUGUCAUCAAUUUAAGAAAUUUGUGUCCUUGUACUUAUAAAAAAAGUAUUUUUUAUUACCAGUCAGCUCAGUCUUGGACCUCCUAAACCAUCGUCUCCUUUAGGCAAGUAAUCCAUAAGGGGCCGCCAUAUGUCCAUAACGAUAUCAUUAUUCCCUUUUAAUUUGGCACUUAGCCUUUCCAUCAGUAAACAUUCAAAAAUUUCUUUGUACCGCUGAGUUACAGUUGGAGGUUUGUCGCUAUUCCAAUUGAAUAGUUAACAUUUUCUGGCCAAAAAUAAGAGUUUAUUGAGUAAUUUUGAUCGUCUCACAUCCAUGUCACUAUUUGUAGGUGGCCGCCCCAAUAGAAACUGGCCUGGAUCUUUACAUAUCAUGUUUUUAAAUAUUGCUGUCACUUCCUUAGAUACACAUGACCUGAACUUUGAUAUUCUUGGACAGCUCCAGAAGCAGAGUAUAUAUGUUCCUAUUUGUGCCUCUUUAAAGAUACAGUGUGACGUAUUCAUAAGUGUGUUUAGAUUAGUGCCUAUUGACUUGAAUUAAUUUAUGAAUAAUAAAAAAAAAUGGCCUUAUGUUCAGGGAAAUCAGGAUGAAGUGAUAAUAAAAAGUCCACCAUCCUCCAUCCACACAUUCAAAUGUAAAUAAUGUGUUGGUCCUCCUCUUUGUUAAGUUUAGUGUAAUUAUAUUAGAUGAGGCUUUCUCAUUCAAUGGAGUCUCUUUUGUCUGCUGGGCCUUUUGUGUGUAUAUGACAGACAGGGGGGUAAUUUAACCUGUCAGCUGUGUCAUCCAAAAAAAAAAAAAAAGAAACACAGCACACAUAAAUAGACGGACGCCAUUAACAUCUUGAGUACACACGUUGCCCACAACACGUGUCUGAGCCAAGUGAGUCGGUGCCCUUUGUCCGACGCACAUUUUUCGUCAUGAUGAUGUGAACUUGGCUGCCCAGGGGAGUGAUGAACCUUGGCAUGUGGCACGAGGAAGGGGAAUCAAAGAGGGGGAGUGAGGAGGAGGAGGUUAAUACAGUAUGUGCUGGAGAGUGGAGUUGUGGGUGGAGCACUUGGAGUAAAAAAAAAAGGGGGGGGAUGGGCAGAGAGCAGUGUCCAACAGAAGGAGGAACAGAUGAGGUGAGAGGAAAGUGGAGGGAAAAGAGACAAAAAGAGUUCAAUGAGCAGACGACAGACACAGGAUUGUUUUCUCUCACAGAAAAGGAGGAACGACACUCAAGUCUGAAUUUACAGCACCCAAAGAGCCUCAGAAUGAAGGUUUAAAGAUGCCGACGCUGCAGAGCAAAACUUUUCAUGUUCUGCAACCUGAAACACUAACACGGUUUAAACCCUCACACACAGCUGGAUAUGUGCCUCACUGCUCAGGAAUGUGUGCUCACAGUCAGACCGCAGUGACAUCACCUUGCUGAGUCGAGUGCAGAUUUUGUUACUGUUUAUUGUUUUUUAAUGUGAUUUGUUUAUGUUCAUGGAGGGACGAUGAGGGGAAAUGAAAAGGAAACAAUUCAUUCCACAUAAACUAUCACAGAGAAGCAUUAUGCAAGAUGAGAUUAAACAAAGCAAGUGAGGCGUUAUCCUCUGCAUUAAUCUGAAAUCACCUCCAUUAUGAGGACAAAUUAGGGAAAUAAAGAGGUGUGUCAUAUUAUCCAACCUUAGUACUACCAUUUGAAAUCAUUGUCCAACCUUAGUACUACUAUCUGAAAUCAAUUUUAGGUCAAUUGGUCAUGUUACAUGGAAGCUAUUGAAGGAAAACAGCCUUUUUUGACAACGUCAAUCGGUAGUUUAUUGACGGUCCCUUAUUCAACACCUUACAUUUACAGCGAAGGUGCUGAGUAGAUUUGACCCCGCUGCUGUUGCCAUUCCCGGUUAUGGUGAGUGAGAAGACACCGGUAGAUCCGCAGUGAAUGUCCGUUGAAUAUCCAACCUAAAACUAACUUCACUGCGGUAUUUACAUGAAAAAACAUUUGUUUCUUCGGCUGAUUUUUUUAUGCGCAAAUGUGCCCCUUAAUACAUUUUACAGUUCGCACACAUCUAUUUUUAGUCGCAAAUGUGAGUGAAAUGGUUGCACUGUCGAGCCCUGGACAGAAAAGAUAUGUUUUGAUAUGAGACAUGUCAAAACAUAUGAACACCACUCGAACUGACAUGUCCGUUGUCUCUGAUGGUCUAUCUGUUCCUCUUCCAGGCUUUAGGCGGCAGCCCAGUGUGCAUUUCCAGCGCCGAGCUCUGAAUCUUCCUUCCAACACUUCCUACGCAAACCUCACCGCUCUGCUCACUGUGACGAGCUCCCCCCUGCACAUCCAGCACUUCCCUCACCUGCAGGUCCAGAGCAGCAACGGCACAGGUGAUGAUACUCAAGCAGAGGUGGUGUGCUCAAAAAGACAAAGAGGGAGGAGUUACAAACUUGGAAGAAAGGGGCGAAGGAGAGUCGGAGCAGAGAUGUCAGGGGUUGAGGACUGCAGAGAGGGGGAUGGGGAGUAAAAAAAAGAAGCUGUGGUACAUCAGAGAGACUCUACUCUGGAGAGGCCUCUUUAUCUGACCUCCUGAAACAUAAUAACCCCAGUGUGUGUGUGUGUGUGUGUGUGUAUCCACAUGCUUUCAGGCUGUCUCAUCUUGAUGUGCUCCUGUGUGUUGCAUGUGUUGGUGUGUCUUUGUGUCUUCUUCCUUCAGCUCCAAUACUCCUCAAAAGCCCCCUCCUUACAGCUCGUACCCUCUCCCUCCAGGCAGGAGAGGCGUACUUGACACUUAAACAGCCUCGCAGAUUUUUCUCUCUCCACCUUGUUCCCCUCUUUCCUGUCCUUCCCUUGUUUUCUUUCCUGUCUGUCCUUCCUCUGAAAACUUUCCUUGAUCUAUGCGUGUGUUGUUGUUUUUUUUCAUUACACAGUCCUGGAUGUCUGCUCCUUUCACCACUCCCCCCCUCCUGUCCACCUGACCCCACUUCCCUUUCCUCUCUACUGCCUGUUUCCCCUCUCACACUCUCCUGCUUUCUCUCACAGGGACAGAGAAGAGGUUUGAGUUGACUCCUGUGGCAGCAAUCUCUGUUCACUUAUUGGCCAGCGAUGGAGUGGAGCUGCAAGUAAAUGGACCAAUCACAGUCUCCGUCCCCUUACUGGACCACAGUGGCCUGAAAGAAAACGACCACAUCCCUGCUUGGAGGUUUGAUCCCCGCUCAGGUAUGUAAAGACUGAAAUAAUGAAGCUUGUCUGACGUCUUAAGCAUUUUGUGGUUGCCUCAAAAAAUUAACCUCGACUCUUCUAUGAUAUAUUUACUUCUUUACAAUUUAGAGCUACAACAUUGGCAGAUUAUUUAUGAUAACACCAGAAAAUGGGCAAUAACACAAAUCCUGUUCGUAAUUACUGAGUGCAGCCAGGUGACAAUUUGCAACUAAGUCUCAUUGUGAUUACUGCAUUUGUGCUAUAUUAAUCUGCAUUUCCGAACACAAACAUUGGCCCAUAGAUGCUCUAUAUGUUUAAAUUUUGAACUGUUAUCAAACCAAGAGAUGCGCUGAGACCCUUCAUCCCUCUCUGGACCCACAGAUUUAUCUCAGCUGUCUAAAAUCUGCAUUGUCAGAUGUCCCGCACAGUGACACACCCAGUUCCUCCGGGACAGUGUGAGCUGAAAGACAGUGGUUAGAUCAUCCAUGGAGUCAGACGUGUCUCCAUUGCUAGAUGUCUUUCUGUGCACAUUAGUCUCACAUUUCCGCAUCGAAUGUGUCUACACGUUAUGUUUGUGCCUUGCCAGCGCAGGAAGGAGCUCUGCGAGGACGAGAAAAGAACAAGUAUUGGGUAGUCUAAUGCAGGGCUGAAAUAUUUAUGGUUGUCAGCUGAUUGCUUAGUAGUGGAACAGAGCAAGAGUGAGCUGUUAAAUCACAACAGAAAUGACAUGAGGAUAUAAAGAAAACAAACAGUUGAUUGUUUUGAAAAUGGCUGUUCGUGCCCAGUUUUCAUUUUACCGAUUGCUGUGAUUGGAUCAGCCUUAAAGGAAAACGCUCCCCAACAAGCUGCUAAAUUCCCGACUGCAUUUGCUGGCUUUGUACUUAGUGUGCCCUCUUGCUAACUGGAAAUGGGCGAACACUGUUUGUUGUUUGUCUGAAAGACUUGGUCUUGAUUCGCUUCGUCAAUCAACUUUUCUUUUCGUACUCAUUUGACUUUAAUAUCGCAGGGAGUAGGGCACCGGUAGUUACCCAACAGACUGUGGUCAACCCCCACAGACUGAGCCAGAAGAACUAAACAUUAACAAGAAGAAAAGGCUUCUUGUCACACGUCAUACAUUAACCAUGUUGCAGUCCUAAUGAAACUAGCUUACGCAACCGGCAGCUUUUAAAUUUACUUCAUAAAAUAUUCUUCCCGUGCAUUUGGUUUAAUCAGCCUUUGCAAUCUGGACAGUCUUUGUUCUUGUGAUACUUUUAAGGAUCUUGAGACUCAGUUUAAAGCCUCAACAUCUAGAGCUUAUAAAAAGGGCUUUGAUAAAGGCUAGGAGAACACACACACUAACACACACACACACACACACACACACACACACACACACACACACACACACACACACACACACACACACACACACACACACACACACACACUCUCUCUGAAAGCCUUCACACAACCUUAAGCAGUGAGUAUUUCCACAACAGAAGCCAUCCCAGGACCCCUCUCCAGGCUACAUCCCUGUUUCUUAGCAACCCAGCAAAUAAAUAACACAACAGAAAGGCCCAGCUCCCAAUUGAGCUUCCUCAUGAUUUGAAUGUGUGGCUGUGUGUUCAUGUAUGUGUUAGAACGAGGAUCAAGAACAGACACAAAGACAGAACAAUGUAAUGGGUCUGCUGCCUAUCUUGGAGCAAUACUGAAGCAGACAGAAAAAAGGCGCUCUCACAGAGACGUUACGUUUGUUUAAAGAAGCAGGCUCCUGAACCAAAAACACACACAUGCACACACACACACACACACACAAAAACCUGUUUCUCUUGUAUAACCGACAACCCCUCAUGUAUUGUUACAUGUUAACCAAGCAUAGGGCAAAAUGAUGCGGUAUACAAACAGAUCAAGUUCAGCCGUUUUUAAACAGACACACCUUUAUUCUGAGGAGUUUGUCGAGUCAGAUGGGACAUCUUCUUCACCACUACCUGUGAGUGAACAAAGAAAGCAAGACAAUGCUCAGCUGUGUUGACUUUGCAAGAAUAGGACCUGGGGCAGAGGUUAAUAUACAGACUGUAUUGACUUUAUGACAUUAUCGACAUCAUAAUGCAUCACGUUGAAGUGGUUGGUCGUGCUGCAUUGUGCAGAGGCUUGGGAACAUAGUUAUUCAAUGUCAGUGUGAAACGGGUCAGUCACACGGAGAGAGCUCUCCCCUGUGGAACCAGGGUGAAUCUGGGCAGAGCUAUCGCCAGAGCAUAGUGUGUGUGUGUGUGUGUGUGUUUUUUAGGUGCUGAGUCAUACAGUAUCUCUUCUUUCUGUUUGCUUCUAUAUCUAAUGAUUAUUUUUCCUUAUCUCCUUUCCCAUACCUCUUUUUUGUUUGCUCUUGUUUCCUCUCCCUGUUUCUUCAGGUUGUGAUAUUUGUCUUUCCUAGAUUGAUAUCCUCUUUCCUUUUUACUUCCUCCCUCUUGAAGAUCUUUGCAGGUUCUUGACCCCUUCAUGUCUUGUUAUGGUAAAAAAACCUGGGAACAAAGUAGCUCUCACUGGAGGUUUCCUCUUGUAGCAGAUUUAUUGUCGGCAAAUCAGCCAGAGCUUUUGGCUUUGUAUAUUUCUUUCUUUUUGGUUCUGGCAUUGUUGGAACUACUAUUGUGUUCCUGUUCACAGGCUGAUUGACUGCAUAUUUAGAGCACUGACCCCUGGUGGCUGGAUUUGAACCUGCCAAAGUACAGGAUCCACACAUAUUACCAUAUGUUUUAUCAAUUUAUCUGUUAUCAUGACAACUCCUUAAAAGCAUAGUAUGAGUUUAUUACAUUAACAGGCGUUAAAAUGUAAAUAUUAGUAAAUGUUUGUGUUCUAGGGAUGUAUUAUUUCUAUUUAUUAAUUUUAUUUAAUUAAUAAAUCCUUCAGUCAAUCCAGAGAGACACCAAAUUUGUCUUUUAGGUCGCUGACCAAAAAACUUUGAGACCUCUCUUUUGUUUGGGUGAAAAACCAGAUUGGAAAAUGUGGAGUAAAUCAAAAAGGUUUCUGCAUUUGAAGGUGUUUGAUGAGUUUGGACGGUAGAUUUUGCUUGUAGGGGCAACAUUGAAGAGUUAAGUAACCAGCAUCAGACUUUUACCAAGCUCUGUCUCCCUUGCUUCACAAUAAGCUUAUUUUAUUUAAUUCUAUUGAAAGUAAUAAAAUAAUUUUCAAAGAAAAAAAAUUUACUCUGGGCCAUGUGGUUUCUGUUGGUUCUCCAUCUGCAGUGUUUUUACCAUCUGCUGUUCUCCAUCAUACAAUCAUACAUUGGUCUGUAUGUUUGGCAAACAGGUACUUUUUUUGUUAAACUACAGCCAUGAGAAGUAUUAGAUUUUUUACUUACUCACAAUUAUAGAAUAUUUACUCUUGAAGAGAACCUCAGAGCAGCUAAAUGGAGCGCCAAAGUAUCUGCUAAGUUAAUGAGAGUCACGAGGGAGUUUGCUGCAGACUCUAGAUCUACAACUGAAUAAUGUCUGUAAAUUUGAUUUCAGUCUUUGUGACUGGUGUUUUUGUAUAAAUGUUUUUUUGUGUGUGCAUUAAUACACAGGUGCCUGGAUAAAGAGCAGCUGGGGUCAUGUGCAGAGGGAGGGCAACCUGCUUAGUCUGACCUACAUCGCCCCUCAGCUGGGAUACUGGGUGGCUGCCAUGUCGCCAAUACACUCAGGUAAGAGAUAGACUGCUGUGAAACUGCUGUUAGAUUUCUGCACAUGUGCUGGGUGUAGAAAAUAAUUCAGACAGGUGUACAAUAAAUGUAGAGGAUUUAUCACAAUGAGUGCCAGAAAAUAAAACAGUAAGUAAAUCAUGAUUUAUUACAGAAAUCUGCUUUAAUAAUGUCUCAUUUCUCCCCUCCUGUUGUCCCUCCCAUAGGUCCUGUGGUUGCGAAGGACAUCAGCACAUACCACACUGUGUUUCUGCUGGCUAUACUGGGAGGGAUGGCCCUCAUCCUCCUCUGUCUGCUCUGUCUUUUACUAUACUACUGCAGGUGUGUAUGAACACUUAACUAUCAUGCAUGUUAGGUCUAAAGGAAUUCUCUGAGGUGUUCUCUUGCAUUUUUAGAUACAGUGUGUGAACCAAAGAAGGAUGUAAAGUCAAACAGAUUCCUUGUAAUGAAUUGUAAGAAGUGUUGUGUUUCUGUGCAUUACAGGCGCCGUUGUUUGAAGCCCAGAGGGUCACACCACAAGCUCACACUGUCAUCUGGUUUGGAUAACAGUAAGAGGGACCAAGCCACCUCCAUGUCACACCUGAACCUCAUCAGCAAUGAGGUCUGUCUGGUUUAUACACAAAAAUUCAAUCACUGAGACAUAGCCGGUAAAACAGAGAGUGCUUCCUUCUAGAGUUAAGGCCUGCAUGUUUGGUUACCUUUAGUGGUCAACGAUCUUUUAGUAAGACUUAAAAAUCCUCUUCUCUCUGUGGAGGUGCUGCACUGCAGAUGAAUCCUCCAUCUCAUCUCCUGAACAGGAAGUUUUUGCUGUGUAUCUUAAUUUAAAGUUUUCAUUUUCAAAAGGUUUCUUACGUCUCUAUCUUCAUUGCUUGUAGGCGCAGCUGGAGCUUGUCUCCACAGCAACUGAGCCUGACAUGACAACACCAAUGCUGAAGCCUUUCUCAUACGAGCUUCGAGACAAUCAACGCCAACACAGCAUAAUCCAUCAAAACAAACACAGUCGCUCCUCUCUUGGUAACAACAGCCACCACGGCUCAUCGCUUGGGAACUUGACUCCUCGCAACAAAGACUACCGACAGUCUGCCGAGACGUUCCAGCUAAAGUCUGCACUUUCGUCCGGAACAGACCGGGGCUAUCGUCAAUCAUACACCUCUAUCUGCUCGUCUAACAACCCACUGUCAUCAGUCACCCACGGUCAGGUGUCAGCUAACCAUCUGAGCAGUGUUGGGCAUGUUGACUGCAUCUCCCCCUCCCCUCCUCCUCACUCUCCCAGCAGGGGGGAGGGAUGUGAGUGUAGAGCUUCUGACUACCUUCUGUCUCGCUCAGUGGACCACCUGGAGCGUCCCAGUCCCUCUGUGCUCUCCAGGCCUGGCCAGCUUCUCUGCUGCGGCUCCGUGGAUCUCCUCAGUGGGGGAGAGGGCUACUCCAGGGUGCGUCCCACCCUGGUGAUCCCAGCACACUACAUGCGUCUUCCAGGGGAGCAUCCUCUGUCCGGACAGGCCCUCCUGCUGCAGACUGACCAGCAGAGUGACCUCGAGACCAUCCAGGCUGAGCUCAAUGCCUCUCAUUCCCAGCAGCCCCUGGGGAAAACCCCAACAGAGUGUCCCCCUUGUCCCACCAAGCAGGGUGACUCCGAGAAUCUCGGUCUGUCAGAGUCUCUUUCGAUUCCAGCGGCCCUCGGGGAAACUGCACUGGUAGAAAUCAACAGUGAGGAUACCUUGUUGGCUGAAAAGACUCUGAUGGAGCUCAGAGGAGGGAAGCCUUUGCCUCACCCGCGAGCAUGGUUUGUCUCCCUUGACGGACGUUCUAAUGCCCACAUUCGCCACUCCUACAUAGAUCUCCAGCGGGCAGGGUGCCAUAGCAACGCACCAAGCGGAGGAGGACAUCAGGUUAAUGGCAGCAGUGGAAAGCACAGCAAUGGCAAUGAUGCUAGCCUGGACUCGGGUGUGGACUUAAACGAGCCAAGAGCGAGCCGCAAGGCAAGAGACAGAGAGCGGGGUGUGAGAGAAACCGAGAAAGACAGGUCAAAAGGCACGACACCAGCCAUGGCGUACACUCAGCUGGUGUAUGUGGAUGAUGUGGAUGGUGGGGGCAGCGAGGAGGAGACGCCCAAAUGCAGCCCACAAGACAGUCAAACAGGACCUGUCCUUCUAAACAAAGCAGAUGGGUGUGGAGUGGAUCAGGGGCCGGGGGAGGUGGAGGGGAAGAGAGUAGAGGGAAUACAAAUACAAGAGGAGCCGCCCUCACUGUCGUCUUCAUCCCCUGCUUCUCCUCCUCCCCCGCCAACACCAGAGGGAGAGACUUUUAGGACUGACAGUGCCCUGCUUUCAGCCUCCCUGGAUGAUGAUGCAGGACAGGAGGAUGGAGAGGAAGAGAAGAAGAGUCCGUGGCAGAGACGAGAAGAGCGACCCCUGCUGGCCUUCAACAUGAAAUGAUCCUCAGAUUACCACUUUGUGAAUAGAUUCACAUUUUUUCUUAUAUAACACCCACAUGUCCAUAUCUGCAUAAAAUAACUUUGUGCUUUUGUUUCUCCUGUUUCUCCCAAACUGGCCUCUUAAAAGGCAUUUGAUAUGGGAGCUAGAGGGAGAAGACCCAGCUGCCCCAGCAAUGCAUGUUCAAAAAUGCCUAAUUGUGGUGUAAACUCUCAGAUUUUAACAUAGGAGUCUUACAAAUUACAGUCUCCUUAAAGGCAAAUAUUACUUAAUUUAAUGUAGUGCUACAGAAACCAUUAACUUCAAUCCCAGAAAAAACACUAGGACCAAAAUCUUCUGCUGAAUACACAACAUAUAACAGACACAUAUUGUCAGACUUUUGAAAACCCUAUAUUUACAGUCUAUUAUUCUGAUUGUGCAGGUCUAACAGAUACUGUACAUUAUCAUUUACUGACACAGAGAGAACCGUCAAUUGAACUUCAGUCAUCAAUUUGCAUUCAAGUUUGUCUACAUGUACUACAGCACAGAAUAGAUAUUGUAUUUUAAGAUUAAGUCACAUUAACACAGGAUUGAGCUGUAUGGAUCUGUGGGUUUUGUUCAUGAUUUCUUGCCUUGAAACCAUUGAAGACACUUUGGAGCUGGACAGGGGGAUCAAUUACACAAAUCAGCACUGUUCUCUUGUACAUAUGGGUGCAGUGGGUUUAACGAUAGAUAUGAGGAAGUGGGAAUCUGCCCUGUAUCCAUGCCUUCCACUCUGCCUGGACCGUUACAAGAAGGAGAUUGAAGCCCUUUGUUUUUGUAAAAUAGCACUGAGAGAAUAUUUCAGCACUGGGAUCCCCUUUAAGCCAGAACCUAUGGAGACCACAUAGAUCCUGAACUUCCAGGGCUCUUUUAUGAAGUGACUGUAGUCAAACUCUUCAUCCUCGGAAAGCUCUUCAGGCUGGGCAUAUACUAUGCUUGGGAGAGACGGACAAACUUUGGAGGCAAGAAGUUAGAUAUUUUAUGCACAAUAGAUAGGCCGUUUUUUUAAAGAAUAGCUACAUAAGCAUUAAGGAACAGAUGAUGGGUUAUUCUUGCAAACAAUAACUUUAAAACCUUUACAUUUGAGCCAUAUUGGCCUCAAUUCACUGACUGUCACACUACAUUUCUAUAAAAGUGACAUUAUAACCUUUGGGAGUACACUGCUGAAUGAUAUUUCAACACAGGAGCAAAUACAGAGAGUGAUUCUCCUUUUUUCCCAGCAAAUUGAGUGCUCCUUCACGUGAAGCGGUUCUGACUGAAACAUGUAAAUCUUGUACUUUGACAGGUUUUGAAUAUGUUGCUAGAAUUCAAUCCAGCUCCUCUGAAGGCUGUUCAAGUGUUUACAUAAGGUUUUAGGACUGGAGAAAUUAAACCACUAUUCGCUCUGCAACAUAAUCAGAUAAUGUGACACACCGCCAUAAUGGUAAGGAUGUAAUACCACUACAAACUAGUUCAAUUUGAAAAUGUUGUGAGGUGUUCUUAUAUGAAGGUUUUGUAUUUGUUGAACCACUGAGUGGCAUAUUUUUGCUAGGCUAUGCAUCACUUUUAUACGGCUGCUUGAGAUGCCUUUUUUUGUAAUUUUACCACUAUGAUUUUAAUUGCCAACAUAAAGUAUUUUAGCUAAAUAGGCUUUUUUUAUUUGUUUGUAUAUGUUAAGGGCUUUUUUUUCUUCUUCACCUGCCUUAUUAUUGAGGCUAAAAUAGCAAAUUCAUGCUGCAUUUUUUUUUCUUAAACCAAACUAUUUUUGCAUGAUUUGUUCCACUUUUAAUUUCUUUCCCUCAUCUUCCAAGUGCCUUUGAACAAUCGGACUCUGCAGCAAAUUUGUGGAAGAGAUAACCUUAUUUAUUUCUGGCCUUCCUCUUGCCUUCAGCUUUCCUCCUCUACCUCAGCUCUCCCUUUCUCUUCCACUAGUGAAAGAAAGCAUGCAGUAAACUUUCCUCAGCACUAGCUUGUAACAAGCUACACUGCAGACAACUCAGAAAAAGUCUACCAGCUGCUGCAACCCUAAAAAUCCUGUACUGUACUCAGCAAGGCAACAAUCUCUUUUUGAAAGAGCAGCAAGGGAUUUAUUGACAUACUCAGCGCAGUACAGGAUAGAUAAAGCUAAGUGCGAUUUGUAUGUGAAGCUAAACUGCAGGUCUUUCAGUGCAUUUUUUGUGUGUUUGUUCUGGAGGGUGAAUGUUUGUCUCAGAAAUGUUUAUGUGUACCUCUGUGGUAGGUACAGCUGUGAGUUUGUGCUAUCAAACUGAAGAAAUAAUCAACAUGCAUUCACUCAAGGUUCAUAUAGUCCUAACAAUCAUAUUCCAGAGUGUGUAUAUUUCUUUUUAUGUACUUCUACUGGUCAAAAUGGUGUGUGAGUUGGUGUUGUGAAUGGCCUCUUCUUUCUUAGUAUCCCACAGCAACCCCCAGUUCUGGGAGAAGUUGCAGUACAGCAUCCUGAGUGUUACUUAGGUGCUUUCAUUAUAUUUCAUUAUAUUAUUCUGAAUAAACAGCCAAACUGGAA